AGUGUCGCAACUACAAAAACAAGAGUGAAAAUUGUCUAAAUAAUUAGGCUCUUUUAAAAGCCUUGUAUUGGAUGAAAAUCAGUGAGUACAUAGGUAAUAGCUCGCCUACUGAACAUGUGGAUAAAAAGUUAUUCUGUAAAAGGCAGCUUGCUCGUCUUUCUCGUCAAUAUUUCACAAAAUACAAGAGGAUUUUUGAACAAGAAUCAAGAUUGACGACCACGAUCAUUGCCUUUUCUGAUAAGAAGUACGCUUGGCUAAAGAAGACUUGGAACAAUUGUGACACAACCAACAUGUGAAUUGAAACCAGUCGGCCUAGACUGAAAGAAUAAUGAUAAUAAAGGGCUCAUAGAGAAUGAUUAAUGUCGGAACAAAAUCGAUUGUCUUAAUGGCUUACCACAAAAUCUAACGUUUCCAAGAUCCCCACUCAUUAUCAAGUUAUCAUGAGCGUGGACAGAACUCUUGCCAAGGCCAUUCAUGAUCGAAAUGUGGAGAAGAUUAAAAGCAUCUUCAAAGUCACCGGUGUCCCAAAAGACUUCGGCAAGAACAUAUGGAGAGGCAUGCGAAAUGAAUCCCCAAUCCAUUUCGCCGCUUGGUUGGGUCAUGACGAGGUUUUGGAGCUCUUCAAAAGCUUUGGUGGGAACAUGAAUAGUUUACUGGAACAUCAGAGUGGAUUCCGAGAAACAGUGCUUCACUGCGCAAUUAAAGGCAAUCACCUCAGCACGAUCAAGCUCCUCGUUCAUGGGUUUCACGUGAAAACAUACAUUGCCAGUAGCGAUGGUGAGACGCCCCUCCAAUCAGCGGCCAAAGCUGGACAAAACGCCGUUAUCCGGGUUUUGAAGGAAGGAGGAGCACACAUUGAUCAACAUUCUGUCAACGUGAACGGAUUGAAGGAAACCGCUCUUCAUUGUGCCAUUCGACAUCAGCAUCUGGAUACGGCUCAGUUAUUACUGGAACUGGGGGCUGAUGCUACCAUUCACGGUCACUAUUUCAAUUUGUAUCAAGGGAGCGCUUUGGACUACGCAGAACAAGUCAAAAACGGGGCCCAUUCUAAAGGGAUUUUGGAUAUAAAAACGGCCAAUGACAUUUUUGCUCUAUUGACGUCCAAUAAGUUAAAGAUAGUUCCAUUGACUGCCCCGAAUGUUCCUGUUUCGAACAACGAUUCUGAAGCCUCUCCGUUACAACAGAACUCAAGUAUGAGGCGGAAUCCCAAAAGCACCGAAGAUUUACAACUUCACCAUGAGCAACAGCUUUGGGAACGUCAAGUUCAAGCGUUGAAGACAGAACAGGGCGCUAAUCGAAAACGAUUGGACGAGCUCAAGUCCAAGCCCGAACAUAAAGAUUUUCUCAUGGACGGGGCUCACGAUCACGCUCAAUACUUAUCCGAACUUGAAAUCCUGAUGAGUCUCACGGAUAAGAAAGCCAACAGAUCCAUGACGAUGCCUCCACUCAACCGGAGUCAAAGUGAGAAUUCGUUCCGCUCGAAGAUACCAGUCAAAUCUGGCAGCACUGUCGGUGUUCGUUUCCCGCCACUAACCAGCAGGACUCCCAGUCCUCGCAUUUCUCAAGCCAGUUCUUUGUUGGAUUUACGAGAGGAACGCGAGACUGGAGAAGGGGCUGGCAUGGAACCUCAAGAAUGGGACCCAACUUUGAACGAGGGUGAUGAUUUGCUCACUUCUAAACGAACCUUUAAAAGCCAAUGGAAGAUGGCCUGCACUAUUUGCGAGCUGGAGUUACAACGGGUUUAUUGCUGCCAACGAUGCCACGGAAAACUCUGCGGAUCUUGUUCCUCGUCACUUUUGGCAUGCCCGUUGUGUAGAGAAAACUUCAUUGAUAAUCCACCAUUGAGGAACUUUCUGGGAGAGCGAAGAAUACGAGACGCAAAGUUUUUGAAACGCUGAACGACGACGUUAUCAUUUUAAAAUCCAAAACUACUUUCAUGUCCUGAGCGUCUUUGUUCGUAUUUGGUGUUGUAAACUCUAGUAAACACUAGGACAUUUUUUUCCAAA